AUGUCUUCGUUGAUGAGCAAGCGCCAGCAGGCGCGCAAUGAGAAGGCUCUACAAGAUCUCGUGCACAGCGUGGUUGGCAACCAGACUUGCGCCGACUGCCAUGCCAGAAAUCCAGCUUGGGCAUCAUGGAGCUUGGGCAUCUUCCUUUGUAUGCGAUGCGCCGCCAUUCAUCGCAAGCUCGGCACGCAUAUUUCCAAGGUCAAGUCGUUGAGCAUGGACGGCUGGACUAAUGAGCAGGUCGAGAACAUGAAGCGCGUUGGCAACAUAGCCUCGAACAAGAUAUAUAACCCCGACAACAAGCACCCCCCCGUCCCCGUGGAUGCAGAUGAGGCCGACUCAGCCAUGGAACGCUUCAUUCGCUCCAAGUACAUGCAGCGGGCGGCGACCCCUAACGGCGCAGCACGACAUCACACCGGCCGCAGUGUUGAGUCGGAUGAAGGGACCCCGCCCCCUUUGCCCCCCAAGACCGGCGGCAAGUUCUUUUCCAAGGCCAAGACGAGCUCUACAUUCCCGCUGUCAUUCCGCUCCAAAAAGACCCCCACACCGGUUGAAGAGCCGCGAAACCCGCGAGAGCUGAGGAACAAGCCGUCCAAGGUUUUUGGCGCGAGCGUCCAGAGCGACAGCGUGGAGGAUACGGCGCGGAAGUUGACGCAGUUGAGGGAUAUGGGCUUCAUGGACGACAAGCGCAAUGCCAUGGUUCUGAAAGGCGUCAAUGGCAACCUUGAAAAGACUAUAGAGGCUCUCGUACGGCUGGGAGAAGGGAACAGCCCUUCAGCCUCAUUGGCACCACGCAGAGAAAGCUCUCUUCCGCCACCAAACGCCUUUCCAACGCCCAGGUCUUUGAGCCCUGCACCAGCAACACCGACAACAGCCGGCUUGUCCAGGGCCAGUCCCUCGACCGCCCACAGCCCGGCGACGUCGAACAACCCGUGGGAUAUCUCUCCGGCCCCGCCGCAAUCAUCGCAGUCGACAGGCACCUUGCCAAACACGAAUCCAUUCUACUCGAUGAACCCGUUUGGAGCACCAUCGCAGCAUUCUGAGUUCGCCUUGAACGGGUCCAUGCAAAACUUAUCCCUCGCACCCCAACCACAGCAGCAACUGUUCCCGCAUCACACGGGAGGUUUGCCGGCCCCCCAGCCGCUCCAGCAACCAAUCUAUCAGCAGUCCAUGACUCCGCCUUUACCCCAGAAUCAGAACUUUGGCUCGAUCGCAUUUAAUAGUAAUCAUACAUAUACACAGCCAUUCCAGCAGCAGCCGACUCAGCAGAGCUACAAUCCAUUCCUGCAGGCUCCUACGGCACAGCAACCCCUUUCGCUCAACACGUCGCAGCUGCCAAAUCAGGGAGGCCUUGGAAACAACCCCUUCAUGAAGUCUCCCACGCGGAUUGCGUCUCCAUCCUUGAAUCAAAUUCCGGAGCAGUCUCAGCAGAACUUCUACGGCACGCCACAGUCGCCAAGCGGGAACAACCCCUUCUUCGGCAUGAGCCAACCUGCUCAACAGUAUCAGCCCCAGCCGGCCCAACAGUAUCAGCCCCAGCCGACUCAACAGUCACAGUCCUACGACCAGGCAUUCUUCCAACCCCAACAGCAGCAGCAGCAGCAGCAGCCGCAAUAUCAACUCUCGCCGCAGGCUACAUCACCUUACCAGGCACCGAGAGAUAAGGCGUCCAUUCUGGCUCUCUACAACUACCCGUCGAUGGCGCCAAGCCCAAUGCAACCACAGGAUCAGAACACGACACACGGCGCCGUCAGCCAGCCGGCAACACAGCAAGUAGCACCGCAAGCUUCUCCCCAGCGGAGUGCGUCUACUCCGCUGGCUGGAAAUAAGAACCCCUUUUUGAAUGGAGGGGCGUCUCCUCCAGCAGGGCCAUUCGCUACCGUUGGCAAUCCUGUGCCCUCUGGGGGUGCGAGAAGCCGGGAAAGCAUGACCCUCGGCUUUGAGAUGGCCUGGAACAAUGGCCGUCAUAGUCCGGAUGCCUUUGCUAGCCUGAGCGCAAGAGGCCCUUGA